AUGGAAGCACCAAGAUCAAGUAAUUCAUUGUUGAAGGUGAAAUUUCCAAUAGUGCAAGGGACAGUAAAAGUGUCAAGAUCCUUUCAUUUCUACGACAUAUUGAGCUAUAUGAGGGCUGACACGUUCCUCCCCAUGUUGACUCUCAUCAACUUGAAAACUCUUAAAUACCCCUCAACUCGCGACAUUCUCACUACACUACAACGAGAGCACUUGGCAAAGAAAUUUGAGAUGAAAGAACUUGGUCCUUUGAAGUACUUUCUUGGAAUUGAAGUCUCAAGAUCAAAGUUAGGGAUGACAACAUGCAAACCAACAAAUUCUCCAACUGAAGGGGGAUUGAAGUUGUGUAUUAAAGAAGAUCAAACUCCAACUAACAAGGAAAGAUAUCAUAGACUUGUAGGCAAAUUGUUGCACCUCGCACACACUAAGUCAAAUUUAACUUAUACUCUUAGUGUGAUUAGUCAGUUCAUGCACAAUCCAAGUGAAAAACACAUGGACGCUGUCAUACGGAUUUCAAGGUACAUAAAAACUACUCCCGAAAAAGGAGUUAUGUUCAAGAAGAACUCCAACUACCAAGAUGUGAUGGUUUAUACUAAUGCUGAUUGGGCAAGUGCUCUUGAUGAUAGAAGAUCAAUCUUUGGAUACUUCACAUUUGUAGAAGGUAAUCUUGUCACAUGA